UGUUGAUCCAGAGUUGGCCAACUUGCCAAGAGUGCUGCUGCUGCUAGUAGUGCUAGUUGGUGCUAGUCUCUAAUAUUGUAUAGUCCCGUGCAUGCGAAUGAUAAACUUGUAACUUUUCAGUCAUUGAUUUAUUUAAAAAAUAUUGGUAUAUGUAAGACGUAUUCCAUUUACAUCAGUCACAAUGAUAACAAUAUAGAGAUAAGAUGAAGGAUAAGGUCGACUACAAACCCACUAAAUAUACUUCUGUAAAAAACAUGCGAUUAAUUGAUCCAGAGGACCGCCUUAAAGCACUGGCAGAUUAUGGGACUGCUGUUGACAUAGACCCUAAUAUUCCACCGCGAAGAUAUUAUCGUUCUGGAAUUGAAAUGAUCAGAAUGGCUAACGUAUACAUGGAAGAGGGCAGUCAAGAAAAUGCAUAUAUUUUAUUCAUGAAAUUUAUGACAAUUUUCUUAGAAAAAAUAAGAAAACAUCCACAAUAUGACACAGUGCCUGUAAAAGAUCGUGCGACAAAUCAACAAAAGUUGCGGGAAAUUUUCCCAAAAGCUGAAGCACUGAAAAAGCAAUUACUUGCUCAGUAUAAAAUGGAGCAGAUCAAAUAUCUGGAGGAUGCAAAGAAACGGGAGAAAAUUGAAAUGGAACGACUUAAAAGAGAAGAGGAACAGAGGUUGAAGGACGAAGAAGAUAGAAAAAAUAAAUUAGCCGCUCGGACAGCUGCAAAUGCUGCUAAAGCAAUGCUUGGUACAACUUCAUCGGUGACUGAUCAAGACAUUGUUGCAAAAAAACCGAUUGUAACCAGACCCCAAUCUCCAAUUAAGGAUAUAAAGCCUCCCCGAACUGAAGAAAAAGCAAUACCAGAAGUUGACCGAUCUACUAAACCUCGUUUACUGGAUAAGCAUGAUUUGAGAGAUGUAAUAUUACCCAACAAAGCGAUGACUGAAUUCUUGUUACUGGCUUCUCGCAACACGAUGCUAAACAAAGAAACUUGCGGGAUAUUGGCUGGCAGAUUGGAACGUAAUAAAUUACUCGUCACCCAUGUACUGAUCCCUCAACAAACGGGAUCACCAGAUUCCUGUACAACGCAUAAGGAAGAGGAUAUCUUUGACUACCAAGACCAGCAUAAUCUUAUCACUCUUGGUUGGAUCCAUACUCAUCCUACACAGACAGCAUUUUUAUCUAGUGUAGAUCUUCACACUCAUUGUGCCUAUCAACUAAUGAUGCCUGAAGCAAUAGCUGUUGUGUGUGCGCCAAAGUAUCAAGAUACUGGAUUUUAUACUUUGACAGCAGACUAUGGAUUAGAUUUUAUAGCUAAUUGUCGGACAUCUGGAUUUCAUCCGCAUCCAACACAACCAGCCCUUUACACUGUAGCUGAACAUUGUAAGUUGGAUUCAAUGGCGCUUAUAAAUAUGGUAGAUUUGAGGAAAUGAAAUGUGCAUCUCAUACAUGUCGUCUUACCUGCUGGCUUGAGCUGAUGUACUGUCAAUUGUUUUUCUAUUACCAAACAUUAUUAUUAUGGAACAACACUUUUGAAAGUAAAAAUGGAAUUUGGGCAAUUUGAUGUGUCGUCGACGACUCUGAUUGUUCAUAGUAAUUCAAAUGUGUAGUACCAAAUUCGUUACUACAUCUCGUAACUCUUUUAUCUGUUGUUCAUAAAUAAAUAAGAAUAGAGUCAUAAUAUAUUUAUAUACAUAGGUGAGUAAUCAAAUUAAACAAAUUUUUUUUACAUGCACUCGAAUACGGUUGAUACUACGAAAUAUUUACAUAUAAACAUUUAAAGCUUAUACCAUUGCAAAGCUUAAAUACCACAUAGAUUGUAAGUAAAGUUUAUAAUAUAUGGGGCAUUCCAACAUAAAUUUUUUGACUUUGUAUAGUGUUAAUGUGAUUGGCAUUUUUGCCCGUGUGGUUUACUAUUACUGCUCGUAGAGUAAUCAGACUUCAGUUGUUUAGCUCAUUAGCUAAUGACAUAAAUGAGUAAAAACGCAAAAAAGAGUACUAGAAGUCAGAGACUGUAUUAAAAUGACAUUUAGGCACUGGUCUCAUAACUUUCGCCGUACAUAAGUGCACCGCUGCACAAUUGAAGUACUAGUGUUUUACUGCCGUAGAAUAUUUGUCACUAUUAAAGUGGAGCAUCACUGGAGAACAGUGGCGAUCACUUCGCAUUACUGGACUCUAGUACUCCUCACUGGGGACCAUCAGUGCUUACUUCUGCUCUACUGUGCUUUGGUACUUUGUACUACUGGACACAAGUGAUUAUUUGUAAGUAAAAGAUGAGGGUGAAAACAAGGAUGAAAAUUUCAAUAGAGCAACAGAGAAAAAAGUAGGUUCGAUUUGAUAUGGAAUACCCCAUGUAGAGCAAAGAGUGUUUGAGAUUUGAAAUUUAAUUGCAAUACAUUGACAGUUAAUGUACUGCAUAAUACUUGAGCAAAGUUAUAUUUCAUGUUAACUAUUUAUUACAUUUUUAUAACAGUUUUCACACUAUGUAUAUAAUAUAACAGAUAUCUGAUAUGUAACCAUCAAACGGUAAUUGCGCAAUGUAUUAGUAGCUUUACAAAUAGAAUUGUGAUAUUUAUGCUAAAUAUUAAGGACUAUAUGAAAUAGGUUGGCAUAUGCAAUUCACAUAUUAAUGAUUUAUGCUAUGAUCAACAAGUUUGUUAUAUUUUCUUCAUUAAAGUUAAAUGUGGCUCCAAUAAUUCAAUAUAAUUCAACUUACCACUUA